GUUUAUACUGAGUCAUUCCUCUGCAGAUUAACCUAUGACUGACUCAUAAUCUGCGAACUGCAGUGGCUUGUAAGAUAGGAAGCAGGAAAGCCUAAGUGCUUAGGCUUUAACUGAAUCAAGACCAGCUCUCAGCAGUGGGAAACUAUGUAUUAAUCUGUCGGAAGCACAGACUGCAGUCUUGUGUGUCACUGGGGUUUGUGUUGGGAAUUUUUUUCAUGUAAGCAGACAGUGGAGAAUAAGGGCAAAGAAAGAAACCAGGCAGACUGUAGCAAAGCUCCCUUUAUUGGCAGGAGAAAAGAGAACCCCAUCAGAGCAUUGAGAAAGCCUAUUCUUCCUUCUUCUCAAGCUGCGGAUCAAAUGAGAUUCAGAUAAAACCAAGGAAAUAAACUAUCUUAGAGCAUGGACACCAGUAAGAAGUCAGAACCCCCUUUAUCUGUAGAAAUGGUGCAGCAGAGGGCCAAUCCUGACCGCAGCCCAUCAGCAUCCAUCUAUGUUCCAGAGCAAGGGGGCUACAAAGAGAAAUUUGUGAAUGCCGUGGAAGAUAAGUACAAAUGUGAAAAAUGUCACCUCAUCUUAUGCAAUCCUAAACAGACUGAAUGUGGACACAGAUUCUGUGAAACCUGCAUGAAUGCCUUGCUGAGGUCUUCUAGUCCCAAAUGUACAGCAUGUCAAGAAAGCAUAGUAAAAGAUAAGGUAUUUAAAGAUAAUUGUUGCAGGAGAGAACUACUUGCCCUUCAAAUAUACUGCAGAAAUGAAAACAAGGGCUGUAAGGAACAGCUAUCUUUGGGUCAAUUACUGAUGCAUUUGAGAACUGAUUGUCAGUUUGAAGAACUCCCAUGUCCUCGUGCUGAUUGCAAAGAAAAAAUACUGAGAAAAGAUUUGCCAGACCAUGUAGAGAAGACCUGUAAAUACCGGGAGACAACCUGUAAAUACUGUAAAAGCCAAGUCCCAAUGAUUAUGUUGCAGAAACAUGAAGAUACAGACUGCCCGUGUGUCAUGGUUUCCUGUCCCCAUAAAUGCAGUGUCAAAACACUGAUGAGGAGCGAGUUGAAUGCACAUUUGUCAGAAUGUAUUAAUGCCCCAAGUACCUGUAGUUUUAAGCGUUAUGGCUGCACUUUUCAGGGAACAAACCAACAAAUUAAAGCACACGAAGCCAGCUCAGCAGUGCAGCAUGUUAACUUAUUGAAAGAGUGGAGCAAUGCUCUAGAAAAUAAGGUGGCCUUGCUCCAGAAUGAAAGUUUGGAAAAGAACAAGAGUAUUCAAACUUUACAUAAUCAGAUUUGUAGCUUUGAAAUAGAAAUUGAAAGACAGAAGGAAAUGCUGCGGAAUAAUGAAUCUAAAAUACUUCAUUUACAGCGAGUGAUAGACAGCCAAGCAGAGAAACUCAAAGAACUGGACAAAGAAAUCCGUCCCUUCCGGCAGAACUGGGAGGAGGCUGACAGCAUGAAGAGCAGCGUGGAGUCCCUCCAGAACAGAGUGACUGAGCUGGAAAGUGUUGAUAAAACUGCAGGGCAAGGAGCUCGGAAUACAAGCCUGCUGGAGACCCAGCUGAGCAGGCACGACCAGAUGCUGAGCGUCCACGACAUCCGGCUGGCUGACAUGGACCUCCGCUUCCAGGUCCUGGAAACCGCCAGUUACAACGGAGUGCUGAUCUGGAAAAUCCGCGACUACAAACGGCGGAAGCAGGAGGCAGUCAUGGGGAAGACUCUGUCCCUGUACAGCCAACCCUUUUAUACUGGAUACUUUGGCUACAAGAUGUGUGCCAGAGUUUACCUGAACGGAGAUGGCAUGGGAAAGGGGACGCACUUGUCUCUGUUUUUUGUCAUAAUGCGUGGAGAAUACGAUGCUUUGCUUCCUUGGCCCUUCAAGCAGAAAGUGACUCUCAUGCUCAUGGAUCAGGGACCCUCUCGACGCCACUUGGGAGAUGCUUUCAAGCCAGAUCCAAACAGCAGCAGUUUCAAGAAGCCAACUGGAGAAAUGAACAUUGCGUCUGGCUGCCCAGUCUUUGUGGCUCAAACUGUUCUAGAGAAUGGAACGUAUAUUAAAGAUGAUACUAUUUUUAUUAAAGUCAUAGUGGAUACAUCGGAUCUACCAGACCCCUGACAUACACUGGGGGAGGCGGAUUAAACAGAAGGCAACUCCGUUUGGGGGUUUUAUAUCAGUUUGUCUUCAAUCAGAGGUCCUAAAGCUCACAGAAACCACCUUGUGGAACAGAUGGAAGAGUUUGAAGGCAUAACUGCAUAGGGUCCAAUUGCGAAAGUAGCAACACAUUAAGAAAUCAUACCAUGGUAUAUUUUUUAAUAGAACUAGCAACACUUGAGCUCUGAAAAAUCACUUAUCCCUCAUCAGGAUAGUGAUUAUGGUCAGAGAGGAUUUUUUUUAACUUAUUAAUGAUCUAGUCAAUUGGAGGUGAAAAGACAUAUACAGUAUGUGCUGAAUCAAUUACUGACUUUUAUUUCUUUUAAGCUAGAAUACAAGAAAAACCCUUCACACGUGGGCUAGCUGGAAAUUGUCAGCAUGUUAAAAGAAGAUGAAGUAAUGUUGCAAUUAUGGUAUUCUUUGAAAAACUGAGGUGCAAUCUUGUCUGAAAUAUAGUAUAUUGUCUUUUUAAGGCCUCAUCUGGUCUCUGUUUUAAUAAUUACUUUGUCAGAAGAUCUUGGAAAAGUAUCCAUGUCUUCUCAAAAGUAUCUGAAUCAAAAUCAUAUUUUUAUUU